AUGACAGCUGUUCUUCUGUCGCUGCUGCUGCCUCUCAUCUGCGCCUCCGCCGGACAAGCUCCGCAGCCGCAGCGAGCCUCCGCAGUGAGAGAUUAUUUCAUCGCUGCUGUGGAGAUCGGCUGGGAUUAUAUCUACCUGGAAGAUGGUGACUCCGUCCAGAGAGGGAGAUCCGGAGACAUUCCUCAGAAAUACAUCAAGGCAGUUUACAGGGAGUACACAGACUCCACAUACACUGCCCCCAAACCCAGAGCAGCGUGGACAGGUAUUCAAGGUCCUGUGAUCGUGGCUCAGGCCGGUGACAGGGUGGUGGUCCACUUUAAAAACCUGGCCUCUCAGCCGUACAGUAUCAGCCCUGUGGGGAUCACCUACUGGAAACAGGCUGAAGGAGCCGGAUAUGAUGACGCCACAGUGGGUCAGGAGAAGGAGGAUGACGCCGUCGCUCCAGGAGGAUACUAUGAGUACGUGUGGGACAUCAGCCCCAAAGACGGACCCACCAGCAGUGACCCCGACUGCCUCACCUACUCCUACUCAUCCCAGGUGGACGCAGUGCGAGACCUCAACACGGGACUCAUCGGUGCCCUGCUCAUUUGCAAAUCAAGUGCCUUCACAGAAGAAGGCCAGAGGAGAAAUCCAGCGUUCGUCCUGUUGUUUGCUGUGUUCGAUGAGACGAAGAGUUGGUACGGAGCGGUAGGAGAGAGGAUCAGCAGAGAGAAAUUCAAGAGGAGCUACGGCAGGAAGGAAUACCACACCAUCAAUGGAUAUGUCAACUCCACGUUACCUGGUCUGACAAUGUGUCAGGGCCGUAAUCAUGUGUUUUGGCAUUUGAUUGGUUUGGGCACAACACCAGAAAUCCACUCCAUUCAGUUUCAGGAUCACUCGCUGCAGGUGUUGACUCAUCGUAAAGUGACGAUGGAGGUGACUCCCAUGACCUUCAUCACAGCCGAAAUGAAACCCGCUAAGAUAGGCCACUUCCUUAUCAGCUGUCAGAUACAUGCUCAUCGCCACGAUGGUAUGAAUGCCUUGUUCACGGUGGAGAAAUGCCCCGAACCCGUCAGACCGCCUGACCUGCGUAAAGUGAAACAUGAGGAUUACAGCGAUGGCGAAGACGACGAGGAUGGAAAUAUGUUCAACACCAUCAACUUUUCGUCCAAAAGACAACAAGUGCAAGUGAGAUCCAGCGGAGGACAGAAGUCUGUUACCUGGAAGCAUUAUAUCGCCGCUGAGGAGGUCACCUGGGACUACGCUCCUCAUCUAGAACCCACAGACAGUAAGUUGCAGUCUGGAUAUUUGCCUGCGCCUCCUCAUCACCUGGGUUACAAAUAUAAAAAGGUGGUGUACGUAGAAUACACAGACGCAUCUUUCACUAGGAGGAAGAACCCUGACGGGCUACUGGGUCCUCUUCUGAAAGGAAAAGUCAACGACCAGUUUCAUAUCAUUUUCAGAAACCUGGCCAGUCGCUCCUACAAUAUCUUCCCCAAUGGCCUCACCAAGAUCUCUCCACUGCAGAGAACCACAAACGAUGCAGAGAAGGACCUGCGCUCUAUGGGUGUCCCUCCCAAUGCAACGUUUGGCUACAUCUGGAUGCUAACGACAGAUGAUGGGCCUUUGGAGGGGGACCCCCAGUGUCUGACCCAAUUGUAUCAGAGCACCGUCUCACAGGAGAGGGACUUGAUGUCCGGGCUGGUGGGCACCCUGCUCAUCUGCAAGUAUGAAGCUAUCGACACCAGAGGACGCCUGUUGGGCCCAGAUAAAGAGUGGAGCUUGAUUUUUGCUGUGUUUGAUGAGAACAGAAGUUGGUACUUUAAUGAAAACAUGGAGAAGUCCAAACAGAAGUCGAACAUCACCGACCCUGAAGUCUACGACUCCAACGUCAUUUACAGUGUGAAUGGAUUCAUGUUCAGAGGGCGUCAGUUUGUGAUGUGUCAGACUGAUGUCACCUUCUGGCACGUGGCCAGUGUGGGCACCCAGAGCGACUUCCUGUCCAUUUACUUCACAGGAAACCUGUUUCAGUACCAAGGCCUCUACCAGUCCGUCCUCACCCUGUUCCCCAUGACUGGCAUGACCAUUCCCAUGGAGACUGAGCUGACAGGUGAGUGGGAGAUCAGCGCUUUUGAUGGCAACCUGAAGAGCCGAGGGAUGACCAUCAAUUACAGCGUUCGCCUUUGCGAAAACUCAUUAUUCGAUCGAGAUGAAGAUGAAGAUAUCUCUGACUAUAUUGAUCAGAUCGAUCUGCAACCAAGAGGCAGUAGACCUCAAAAUCACACAGUUUUGAUGAAGGUAUGCAAGGAUGAUAACAGCACUCUGUCAGGAAACUCUACAGGACAAAAUGGAACUCACGCUAAGGGACAGAAAAUAUGUCAGCUGAAGAGAGUCACAGUAACAUCAGCACAAGGACAAAACCCAGACAAGGAGUCAGAGGGAGGAAUCCCAUUGGACAUCUUGGAGGAACUAAAUGGAGAUGGGGGGUGGACAGAUACUAAUGAGACUGGACCUGGAGGUGGCAGACAGAGAAGACAGGCGGAGGGAAACUGGACAGAUGGAGACAUCAGCUCUGGAGCCUCAGAGGAUGGAGGAGCUGAGCUGGAGAUUGGUGGAGGGAUUGUCGGAAACAUCACGGACACUGGUGCAGAGGUAAAGUCUGAGGAAAGAAGUGACAUGCCAAGUGAAGAGAUUGGGUCAAAGGAGGAGCUUGAAGAGAGUAACGAGAUCUCACUAAACAGCACCCCACUGCUGACAAGGAAGUUGGUAGCUGAGGAGCCAAGCACUUCAGAGGAAAUAGAGAAAAACUUUGUUUGGAAAAACCACAUCCAGUCUGGGCCUGAGGAAGUAAGAGUGGACCUGGGACACGACUACUACUCUUCUGACUAUAAUGAUACACAAAUAGAUCUGUCUCUAGAAUAUGAUUUCUACGGCCAGCAGGAGAACAGAACAAACAAUAUCUUUGCCUCAGUUAGCGUGGACCCACGCUCUGGAGGGACCAGAUAUCGUACUUACUACAUCGCUGCAGAGGAGAUCCAGUGGGACUAUGGCAUCAGAAAACCGAAUCAAGUCAUCGAUGACAGAGAGAAGCGUCGAGUGAUGAGGAAGUUCCUGCCCAAGUAUAAGAAGGCGGUGUUUCGGGCCUACAGGAAUGAAGACUUCCGCCAACCCAUUCAGAGAGAAGCGCUACACCAACAUCUGGGAAUCAUGGGACCUUUCAUCAGAGCUGAGAUCAAUGAUCUUGUCACUGUGAUCUUUAAAAACAAGGCAUCCAGGCCUUACUCAUUUCACCUCCAGGGAGUGUAUGACCUUAGUCAGGGGGCCAGCAUAGCACAGACCCAUGCCUCUUCUGCGCCACCUGGGGUCCCAGGAGAGCCUGUGGCCCCUGGAGAGAUGCGGACCUACAACUGGAGAAUAACCAAGAAACAAGGACCCACCGACACUGAGUUUGACUGCAAGACAGGAGCUUACUACUCCAGUGUCGACAAGGAGAAGGACCUUCACUCAGGUCUGAUCGGUCCACUGGUGAUCUGUAAGCCCGGCACCCUCCGCACCCGUCAGCGCACACAGCCAGACAUCACAGAGUUCUCUCUGCUCUUCCACACCUUUGACGAAACUAAAAGCUGGUACCUGGAGGAGAAUCUGCAGCAGCACUGUACCCCCCCCUGCCAGGUCAACAUAGACGACCCCUACUACCACAUCAACAACAAGUUUGCAGCUAUAAAUGGUUAUGUGGCUGAGACACUUCCUGGUCUGUUGGUCGCCCAGUACCAGAGAGUGAGAUGGCACCUGCUGAAUGUAGGAAGUGACGGGGAAUACCACGCUGUGCACUUCCAUGGUUUACCUUUCACCCUCCACACUGAACAGGAACAUCGCAUGGGUGUCUUCAACCUCUUCCCUGGAGUGUUUGGCACAGUGGAGAUGUGGCCCCCUACAGUCGGCACGUGGCUGGUGGAGUGCACCAUAGGAGAUUAUCAGAUGGCUGGCAUGAGGGCAAAACUACUGGUGUAUAAUCCACGCUGUGUUUUACCUCUGGGAAUGAAAUCAGGACGAAUUGAGGAUUCCCAGAUUACAGCAUCAGAUCACAUAGAUAAUUGGGAGCCCGGGCUGGCCAGGCUGGAUCAGUCAGGUUACAUCAAUGCCUGGAUGGGCAAAAACAGUAUGUCAUGGAUCCAGGUGGACCUCCGCCGGCCCACGCUGCUGCAUGGUGUGCAGACACAGGGCGUCAGUUCAAAGCUGAAGGACCACUGCAUCACAAUCUUCAACGUCUCCUACAGUCUGGACAAGAGAACUUGGACCACUUACAAAGGAAAUAGAACCAGAAACAACAUCUUUGAAGGCACCACGGACAGCUCCAGCGUGAAAACCAAUCCAUUCUCUCCUCCGUUUGUGGCUCGCUACGUCCGGAUUCAGCCGUUAGAUUUUAAGCAAAGGCCUGCGCUCCGAAUGGAGCUGCUGGGCUGCGAUCUCAACAGCUGCUCGCUCCCUCUCGGGCUCCAGGAGAUUCGGCGGAUUCCUGACAGCAGCUUCAGUGCCUCCUCAUUUCACAGGUCUCUGUUUGAUUACUGGAGGCCCAGUCUUGCCCGUCUCCAUCUGGAGGGCAGAGCCAAUGCCUGGAGGCCAAUGAACAACAACCCCCAUGAGUGGCUGCAAGUCGAUUUGGGGAAAGUCAGACGCAUCACAGGGGUCAUAACCCAAGGAGCACGAUCACUGUUCACCCCAAUGAUGGUGACAGAGUUCUCAGUCACCUUCAGCCAGGACGGACAAUCCUGGAGCAGCGUGUUAGAGGGCAGCUCCCAGAAAGAACAGAUCUUCACAGGAAACAAUGAAUCAGACGAGGAGGCUAUCACAAUGUUCGAUCCCCCCUUGUUCAGCCGCUACCUCCGCAUCCACCCGCGUGGCUGGAUCAACAGCAUCGCCCUGCGUCUGGAGGUCCUGGGCUGUGACACGCAGCAGCUGCUCUAAAGCUACAGAUCUCACCAAUCGCCUGCAGCGGCAUUUUAGCAGCAGAGUGUGUUUUGUAUUUUUGUGUUUUUUAGGUGUUUGGCAAGUGAUGAGUUAAAUUGUUAUGCAGAGCACUUCUUAAGUUAUAUAUCAAAUAUUGUAUUGGAAAAGCUAUUUCUUCUGUAGCCACAACUGUGUUUACAUUUUCCCCUUAUUGCCAGUGUGGCAUUUUAUAAUUUUAGUUCAGAUUAAAAUGUAUAUGUUGAUAGUUGAUAGUUUAGAUAUUUGUUUUAAGAUAAACACUUUUAAGCUUUGCGAACUGCACAUCAAACUUUUUGAAUGUAAGCUUGUGUAAAUAAUAGAGAAGAAUGUAAACAGUUUGACUGGCUGUAUAUCAUUAGAAACGUUGUUUUGUUUUUGCUUUAUAAGAAUUUAUAUAAACAU